UCCAAAUGUUUUCUUUAUUCAGUCUUGUCUAAACCAAGACAUGUCGCGUAGCCACAGUAUACGUGGAGUGAGUAGCCUCAGGCCGCAACGACCGAAACGGGACAGACCGGAGCCGGUCGGGAGCCGAGAUAGUCCGGGGUCGAUCGACGUCACGAGGAAGAAGAAGCGAGGAAGAUCAACGUCGGUCAUGUUUCUGUUCUUGACCUUAAAUCUACUUCGUGUGGUCUCCCUUGCUUGAGGUAAGUCCUGAAUCAGAAUGAUGCUGAACCUGUCAGUCAUUCUCCUGGUGGCCAACCAUCGUCCAGUCCUAGUAGUGGGGCAGAUGAUCGUCCCGGCAGUGAACCGUUGAUGACCCCUCUAUCAUACCAUCGUGCUUUCCAUUCCUCAAAUCUUGUCCGCUGUGGCAUGCCAUUGGAAGCUAAUGGGUGCAAUUUGUCCAUUUUGACAGAGUCCCAGCUCAUCGUCGACCGCUGUUCCUUCCCGGGGUUUCGCCUGCGUUUGCAUGGGUAUCUAGAUCGUACUAGAUCUGGAAGGGCUAUCCUACGUAAUAUUUGUCAAUCCGCCCGGGUCGACGUCAUCAGUACAUCGAAGCGCCCUUUCCAUUCCAUCCGAGCUUCUGGUCACUUUCAUCCCUCUCCGGACGGAAAAUUUAACAUCAUCUCGUGACCGAUCUGGACUUGUUCACUCCUUCUCGGCUAUGACCAUGUCGCAAGCGAGCUUUACCGAUGCGCGACGGCCGUCGCAGUCUGAGGACCAGACUAUCUCGAAUGCGGAGAUCCCGUUGAAGGAGCGGUUUUUCCGUUACUUUCAACAUGAGAUUACCGCACUCCAGGAACAGAUGGAUCGCCUCGCUGAUACGUCCCUGGUGGGCGGCGAGCGGGCCGACGCGACUGAUCACUGCUUAGCGGGAAUCGCACGGUUGUCGAAUGAGGUCAAGGAUUCAGCUAGCUACAUUCCUACCUACGACCAACGGAUAUACGCAGAAGCUAUCAAAGCACUCCAGGAUAAAUUGGCAGAGACUCGUGCGUUGGUCGAUCCGCGACCUAAGUUUAGCUUCAAGACCAAGAAAAAUACGUCGGCGGUGUCCCUGGCCGACGCAGCGCAGAUGGCUGCGCAAGGACGUCGUGGGAUCCCCGGGUAUCGCUCCCCCGGGACAUCGUCCAUGGAGUCGUCGACGGCCGCGACCCCUAACUACCCCUCGACACCGCUGAAUGAACCCGACCAGCUUCAGCAGCGAAAACCUGAGAUCACCCCAACCUCUGCUCCGAUGCUCUCCGUGGAAAGCGCGUACGACCGACCGAAGCACGGGGGGCCGACCUCGACCGGCUUUUCGGCGUCAUCCAUUGCCUCCGUGACGGUGCACGACCACCAUCGGCUUCACAUCAUGCUCCCGGCUUCUGGAUCCACAGAUACGGUGCCAGCCUCGAUCACGUCGCUGCGUCAUUGCGUCGUCGACAUGUCGAUCCCGACAGCCAACGGCAAACCCUACGCCAGUCUGACAAUCAAGGGUGUGAAGGAUAGCCUGCUUGUAUGCGGACAGGUUGAUGGACCAGCUCAUAUCACCGGGGUGGAAAAGAGCGUUAUUGUGGUGACGUGCCGGCAGUUCCGGAUGCACAAGUGCUCCGAUGUUGAUGUGUACUUGAGCUCAUCCAGUAACCCGAUCAUUGAAGAUUGCACCAAUGUGCGCUUUGCUCGGAUACCCCGGGUUUAUGCCCUGGACCAUAACCAAGCGGGUGUCGAGGACCGCUGGAACCAAGUGGAAGACUUUAAGUGGAUUAAGCCGGAGCCAAGUCCGAAUUGGCGUCUGAUUCCCGACGCCGAUGCGGUGCCGGAGGAAGUCUGGGCGGAGAUAGUGCCGGGCGGCCCAGGCUGGUCCCUGGACGACAUCCUAGGCGCACUUAACCUAAACAACUAAUUUUGAGAACCCUAUCAGCCGGUUCACUAACCUCAGACUGGAUCAGCACGAGGGGAAGUUUGGCUUUUGCUCUCUUCCGGCGUUGCGGUAGAUUCAGUGCGCAACGCGGUCCUUGCCUUGAAUUAUGCCUACACGUUUUGGACCGGCCGCUUGCGGCAGACGGGAUCCCGUCGGACGGUCAGACUAUAUGAAAAGGACAGAAAAAAAGGGGUAGUGAUAAUUGGCAUAUGGAGAAUCCAGAUUGCACAGUUGGCGUCAGGGUGAAGGGUCUUUGAGUUGUAUUAGUACCAAAUGCAGACAGCAACGCGCAAUGCGAUAUGAUCCGUUCUAGUCACAUUAUCGACUUAGUAGUCUAGUAAAGGUUGCCUG